AUGUCGCAUCUCGAAGUUCUCAAGAAGCCCGUCGUCUUCUCCAACGGCGUCUCUGCGCCCAAUGCCACCCUCAAGAGUGCCAUGACCGAGCGUCUCUGCACGUGGUCCGACGAUGACUUCAAGAAGCGUGGCUGGCCCACACCUGAGUACAUCCAGCUCUACAAGACCUGGGGCGAGGGAGAGAUCGGCACCAUCAUCCUCGGCAACAUUCCUUGCGACGCCCGCUACCCCGAGGCCAAGAAGAACGCCUGUAUCGACCCCGAGAUCGCCUCGCACGACGAGUACGUCAAGGCGUACAAGCCUGUCAUUGAGGCUGCCAACGCUCACGGCUCGCUCGUCAUUGCCCAGGUAACCCACGCUGGUCGUCAAACGUCCGAGGAGGUCGCCAAGACCCCUGUCUCCUCGUCGGAUGUGCAGUGCCCUCCUGGCAUGGGCAUGACCUUCGGCAAGCCUCGCCCCUUGACCGUCGACGAGAUCCACGACAUUGCUCGUCGAUUUGGCUUCGCUGCCAAGGUGCUCUACGAGGCCAAGUGCAACGGUAUCGAGCUGCACGCUGCUCACGGCUACCUCCUCUCGCAGUUCCUCUCGCCCCGUGUCAACAAGCGCACUGACCAGUACGGCGGUGACCUCGAGGGCCGCUCGCGCAUCGUCUUUGAGAUCAUCGAGAGCAUCCGCAAGGCUGUCCCCGAUGAGAAGUUCAUCAUCUCGAUCAAGAUCAACUCGGCCGACUUUGCCGAUGGUGGCUUUGACGCCGAAGAGUCGUUUGCCAUGUCCAAGAAGCUCGAGGCUGCCGGUGUCGACCUGAUUGAGCUCUCGGGUGGCACGUACGAGAGCAGCGGUUUCGAACACAAGAAGGAGUCGACCAAGGCACGUGAGUCGUUCUUCAUCGAGUUCGCCGAACGCAUCCGCCCCAACCUGUCCAAGGCGAGGCUCGCGGUGACUGGUGGGUUCCGCUCGUCCAAGGCCAUGGCCAAGGCGGUGGAGGAGAAGUCGUGCGACAUUGUCGGCAUGGCCAGGCCUUUGUGCGGUGAGCCGCUGCUGUGCAAGGAUCUGCUCAGCGGAAAGCAGGAGAAGGCGAGGGACGUCCACGCCGACUUGCCCAAGCAGAUUGAGAUCGCUGCCUGUGUCGUGCAGCUUAACCAGGUCGGCCACGGCGCUACACCCUGCGACACUUCCACCGCUGAGGGCGCCAAGUUUGCUACUGACGCUGUGAUGCAGCGCAAGGAGCCCGAGCACGGUGGCGAGAAGGACCAGAAGGCAUGA